GGACAACCGCGUGCGAGCGAAGAUCAGAUACGGGGACCAGCAGGGCUGGAUAUCCCUGAGGAGCCUGGACGGCGAGCUGGUCUGGGCCCGGAAGGCAGACCCUGGCGAGCCGCCGAGCCUCGACGUCCCGUCGUACUGGGAGAACUGGCGGCCUCACGGCGGCACCAUGCCGAAGGAUUUCAGGGAGGUCUUCCAGGUGCGGCAGGUCGACCUGGCAGCUGUCCAGGGGAUCUUCGACGACUGGGCAGACAGGCUGAACGUGAGCGAGUCGCACCGACUCAGGGUUCGCAGAGUGGAGCGCAACGAGAACAGCCGCGCGUGGAGAAAGUACGUCCGUGGGCAGGCGACAGUCCAAACAACGAGCACUUUGACGACGUCCUCCGACUGGGGCUUCAG